UGUCCUGCCUUCUUGAUUGCUCAGGCUGGAUCUUGGCUAGCGGUUCUGGGCACUGUCCUCACGGAGAAGUGUGUCAUCCAACGGCUUAUGGACUACAUCUGGAUCCUAGCCUAUCCUGCAUUCAAUGACGAUCAAGUACUUCAAAUUGGGUACGUCCUCUAUGCACGCAGGGAAUCCCGCAAGGAGCCGCCUUACGAUACAUCACGACCUGUGGCACACGCUCACUUUUUUCCAACUCCAGAUAUCUACAUAUGCAACAGCAAUUCUCACCUCGGACGUCAUCCAUCCUGUGUGACUUACCUGGCGAAAACGGUCGAGGACCACCCGAUCAAUGUCGUUCUGAAGUUCGUCACCAGGUACGGCGAGGACGCCCACAAGGUGAUGGCGGAAGCAGGGUUCGAGCCGAAGAUUUUGUACUGCGGACAAAUCAAUGUCUUGCCGCACACGCCAUCGUAUGGCAGGUUGCAGAUGAUAGUCAUGGAGUACGUGGACAUCAUGACAGCC